GGUACCAAAAUAUAUGUACCAGAUUUAACGGUCUAAAACAGGAAUAAAAUCACUGCUAGAAUUAACCGCAAAAUCACAAUUAAUACAAGUUUUGGCCUAUUCAAAAAUAGGUAAAGCCGCAAGGGCUAGAGUGCAAAACUUGCGAAGAGAUAAGAUUCUAUCUCUUUCACAGGAGUAGUUCCCGUUAUUGGGAUUUUCUCCCGUAAAGAGCGCCAUAGCCACUCUAGCUUGUGCACCACCGCCUUGGCGGCUCGCUGGCUGGGCUGCGCUAGGAAUGCCGGGAUGGGCGUGCUGGUGGAGCGCGCGGGGCAGGCGCCACGGUCGGGGCGCAGCCACAGCCUGGAGCGGGAGUGGCGGGCGGAGCCUGCCACACACGCGCAACGGCCAGGCUCGGCCGCGGAGCCCGGGACGCGGCGCAGAGGCCGGUGAGCGGCGCGGGGGCCAGGCGGCAAGGCGCAGCGCGGCGCGGCCUGUACGGCGCGGACAGGUUCGGCGCGGCCGCGGAGGCCGGGGACCGGCGCGGACGCGCCCACGAACGGCUACGGCCUGUUGCAGCUGGCGACGACGGAAGAUCUGCAGGGGAGCCGCGGCCCGUGGAAGACAGCAUACGCGGGUAUCCCUGCGGCACAAAGGCGAGCGCGUGACCGGCUGCGAUCUCAACAACCGCGGGGGUCGGAGAUGGCAGCGGCGCGGCCUCGUGCUCGUCGUCGUCAAGGACGACGAUGUCGUUCCCUGAGACUGCGAAAGCUCGGUACUCCAUGCUGCAAGCGGCCGUUGGCUGGCGAGCGAGGGCGCAUCGAUGCCGAUGCAUCCAUGCUGCUGCUGCUGCUGCUGCGUGCGCUGCAAUGACGAGGACAAAAGGUCGGACGCAGAGUUGUGCGCCGCGCUGUGAGCGGCCGUGGCCGCGAACGCUGCUUGUUCCCGCGGACGCGAGAGACGCUCGUGAGAGAGGCCUCGCCGGGGAUAGCGACGGGGCCGACGGCAUCGCUGCAGAGGGCUGGCCAGGGGCUUUGGCCAGAGGGGCUGCUCUUCGGCACGUCGCCGGCCUUGGUCCUCCGCAUGCGGCAGUGAGGCCGAUGGAAUCGCUCCACCGGGAGCAUGCUGAUAACGUGUUAGAACUAAUCGAGAGACAAAUCGAGAGAGACAAUAAUGAAUCGGGGUAAUCUUUAUUGAUGAUGAAUACAUCUAUAUAUAGAGUUACAAAA